AUGCCUCCAAAUUCCCCUUGUUUCCUGCCUCGACUGAGCUGGUGGACGUUUCAUUUCCAGAUAAUCUCCCCAGUCAACCCAUCUUUCCUACUGCUAUUGUUUCUCUCAGACUCAGAGGCUAAGAUCUGGAUAUAUAGCAACAACAAUUCCACGAACAUCAAAUUCUACACUCUGGUCAGUGGACCCAACUCCGUCUGGCAGGAUGGGGACGAGUUAAUAUACCCUGGGCCGCCCUUCGAGAGGGUGAAGAUUGCUUUCGUGGGGGGUCGGCCUGAGAGAGGCCGGAAACGAGAGUCUUUCGUCUGGCUGGUUUGGGUGCCUGUCACCUCUGGGGUCGGGAAUUGGAUGCGGCUUGGAGACGCCACAGGUCCCAAGGAGCUUGAAGAGCGGAUUCGAGCUUACAACGGUUUGCUUGGUUCGGUCUCCCAACACGGUUGCUGGGAUCGCUUUCAAUUCUGGCCUCAGGGUCAGUACCAGUACCAGAACCAGAACCAGAGCACCCUCAAUGACGUGAGGAGGAACCUGGCGGCUGGUCCCGCUCCAGCUGCAGCCGCUGUCAUCCCGCCUGUUGCUAUUCCCCCGGUUGCGGUCCCUGCUCCUGCGCCCGCUCCUGCUCCUGUCCCUGCUCCUGUGCCUUCUGCUCUGCCUGGAGCCAGUACGGCUCCCGCUCCACAAUCUUCGGCGGCUCCAACAAACAACCCCUAA